GGGAGGCGGGGGCCCUGCCCGGCCCCGCCCGCGCCCUCCGCGCCGCACCUGAGCGCGCAGCGGCGUCCCCAUCCCCAUCCCCAUCCUCGUCUUCAUCCCCGUCCUCAUCCUCAUCCUCGCCCCCCCCCCCUCCCCCCCAACCCUCCCAUGGCGCUGUCGCUGCUGCUGUGCCUGGCGGCGCUGGGAGCCGGCUGCCGGGCAGGGCCCCCCCCCGGCGGCCCCCCCGGCCCCUCCGCCGAGCCGCCGCUGCAGGACGAGGCGGACAACCAGGAGAACAUCCUCUCGCAGCUGCUAGGUGACUACGACAAGGUGAAGGCGGUGUCUGAGGGCUCCGACUGCCGCUGCAAGUGCCUGGUCAGGCCCCUGGGCCGCGGCGCCUGCCAGCGGAUUAACGAGGGCGCCUUCAGAGCCGAGGACUUCUACACGGUGGAAACCAUCACGUCGGGACCCGGCUGCAAGUGUGCGUGCGUGGCCCCCCCGUCCGCCCUCAACCCCUGCGAGGGGGACUUCAGGCUGAAGAAGCUGCGGGAGGCAGAGAGCACUGACCUGAAGCUGUCCUCCAUCAUGGAGAUGCUGGAAAGUGCCUUCUACGGCUUGGACCUGCUGAAGCUGCACUCGAUCACCACGAAGCUGGUGGGCCGGGUGGAGAGGCUGGAGGAGGGCAUGUCCAGGAACUUCACGCAGGAUGGACGUGGGGUGGGAGCCGCCGUGGAGGAGCCUCUGCAGGAGCCCCAGCGCCGGGAGAACUGCUCCAGCCUCAUCUCCAACAGCCUCCCCGACAUCGAGGGCUCGCUGCAGAGGGACGCGGAAGCUGCCUACGUGCACACCGAGGGCAAGUAUGAGGAAAGGUUCCUGAAAGACGAGACCAUCUCUCAGCAGAUCAACUCCGUCGAGUCCCUCCCGGAGCUGCACCUUGCUCCGGAGGAGGAGAAGCCCAAGCAGCUCCUGCAGAGGAAGCUGCGCCUGCGGAGCCGACCUCCUUCCAAGCCCACCAUCGUGCGAGGGGUCACCUACUACAAGGCGCAGUCCAGCGAGUCGGAGAACGACAUCGAGGAGCAGCGUGAGUCAGGUUCAUGGCUCCCCCCAGCAGAAGCAGCCUCGUCCCCCGGGAACGCGUGGGCACAAAAGGACGAGCUGUUCAGCGGGGACAACACGGUGGAUUUGCUGAUCGAAGACCAGCUCCUGCGGCCCAGCGGGCGGGCGGGCGAGGGCGUGCGGAAGCCAUCCCCGGUGGGGUGGCCGCCCACCCCCAGCAGCGACCCCACCACCGCUGCGCCGGCCACCGUGCCCCUGUCCCCUGCCGCCUCCGUGGGGCUGACGCCGGACCCCACCACCGUGAGCCGGCCGCCCCCCACCCCGGGGACCACGAGCGCCCCAUCGGGGCUGCCCGAGGAGGGGACCCCACAGCUGCCGACAGCAUCAGCCAGCGCGGUGGCACCCACGGCCACCGAGAGCCCGCCUGCAGCCACUAGCCACGUCCCUAGCCCCGCUGUGGCCACCACCGCCCAGACCCCGUGGGACACGGGGACGAGCCCUGAGCCUGGCACGGGGAGCAGCCUGGGACCCCUGGAGCAGGCGAGCACCCCCGAAACGCCGGUCAGCCCCACGAUCCCCGCCACCCCAAAGCAGGCACUGGAGGAGGAGGACAUCAGGAACAUCAUCGGGCGCUGCAAGGACACGCUGUCCACCAUCUCGGGGCCCACCACCCAGAACACCUACGGGCGCAACGAGGGGGCCUGGAUGAAGGACCCCCUGGCCAGGGAGGAGCGGAUCUACGUCACCAACUACUACUACGGGAACACGCUGGUGGAGUUCAGGAACCUCGACAACUUCAAGCAAGGGCGCUGGAGCAACUCCUACAAGCUCCCCUACAGCUGGAUCGGGACGGGGCACGUUGUCUACAACGGGUCCUUCUACUACAACCGGGCCUUCACCCGCAACAUCAUCAAAUACGACCUGAAGCAGCGGUACGUGGCCGCCUGGGCCAUGCUGCACGACGUGGCCUACGAGGAGUCCACGCCGUGGCGGUGGCGGGGCCACUCGGACGUGGACUUCGCCGUGGACGAGAACGGCCUGUGGGUCAUUUACCCGGCCAUCAGCUACGAGGGCUUCAACCAGGAGGUGAUCGUGCUGAGCAAGCUGAACGCCGCUGACCUCAGCACCCAGAAGGAGACCACGUGGCGGACGGGGCUGCGGAAGAACUUCUACGGGAACUGCUUCGUCAUCUGCGGCGUCCUGUACGCUGUCGACAGCUACAACAAGAGGAACGCCAACAUCUCCUACGCCUUCGACACGCACACCAACACGCAGAUCAUCCCCCGGCUGCUCUUCGAGAACGAGUACGCCUACACCACGCAGAUAGACUAUAACCCCAAGGACCGCCUGCUCUACGCUUGGGACAAUGGCCACCAGGUCACCUACCACGUCAUCUUUGCCUACUGAGCCCCCAGCCAUGGCGGGGCACUGCGAGCGAGGGGCCACCAGCACCUUUUGUUAUUAUUAUUUUUAUUAUUAUUAUUAUUAUUUUGUACAAAUCAAAGAGUAAAUGUUUUUUUGUCGUUUCAAGCUGUUUUUUAUGGCGGAUUGUAGAUCGAUCCCCAGGCCACGACCACCCCCUUUGUCUGGUGUAACCUGCUCCUGAUCCCUGGGGCAGCGCGGAGGGGCCGGUGGCAGCAGGGCUGCUCCUUUGGGAGGGGACGCCGGCCUCCGCGCACGGAGGAGGAGGAGGUGGCCCAGACGUAGCCCCGCUGAUGAGCUUUUUUUUAGCUGAAAACCGUGAGCAGCAAACCCAGAACCUGGUGCAAAGCUGGCCUUUCUGCUGCAGGCUACAGGUCCCGGCGGGACGCUGGUGUCUGGCAGAGGGGCAGCGUGUCCCUGCUCGGGACCACCCGACGGCCAGCAGGUGCUUUGGAGACCCCGCUGUACGAUGCGGCUGCGAGCGCAGCCCCGGUGCUGGCACUUACGCUGAGGACUGUCCCCUCUCCCCCUGGAGCCCUCUGCAGCCUGCCCCGGGGGGGCUGCAGGUGCCAGUCUGGGAGCCAGCAGCGGGAGGGGGGCGCUGUAAAUACCUGUAGAUGACUUCUGUUUGCGCGCUCUGUAACCCCAAAUCGUCCCCGGUUGGGAUUUGCCGGGUGAUGCUCUGCUGGAGGGCACGGCCAGCGGGAGCCCGGCGUGGAGGCACGGCCCUCGCCUCCCCAGCCUGGCACCAUCUUGUAUUUACCUGCUGUUAAUAAUAAAAGAUCAAGUACCUU